UCUAUCCGUGUCCCGUGAAUCCGCACCCUCGAAGCAAGUCCAGCCCCGUGCGUGCUUCACUGGCGCUCUUCUGGAACCCUCCUCAUCAGCUCCUCCUAAUCCCAACCAAAAUUCGUUUCUUUCUUGAACCAAAAAUCACUUCUUCCCUUUUGCAAUUCCCGUUUCUCCAGUUCGAUCCAGCGCCGCCGGAUUCCUGGCGAGCUUCAAGCUGCUCGUCCCAAUUCGGCCGACGACGAGCUGCCUGUGUGGCUUGCUUUGCUGCCGAUUCAAGUGAUCUGAUCUGGCGGCGGGCGUGCCGAGGACGGGGUUGCUCUGAACUCGGAAGCGGCGAGGGCCAUGCGAAUUGGUGCGCCGCUGGGUUGAGCAUGAGGGGCGGGGCUGCUGCAGGUGCGCGUGGCCUGCUGGGUGAUGGGAUCGCCGGAGGGGCGGCUCGUUGAGCUGUUCGGAGCAGUCAAGUCGUGGAUGCCGCGGCGGGGGGAGCACUCGCCGCCGCCGCCCGCGCCCAAGGCUGCGGCGGCGGCGGCCGUCCCGCUGGCGGCGCCGCAGCCGCAGCAGCCGCAUGACCUGUCCCGGGACUUCUGGAUGCCCGACCAGAGCUGCCGGGUCUGCUACGACUGCGACGUGCAGUUCACCAUCCUGAACCGGCGCCACCACUGCCGGCACUGCGGCCGCGUCUUCUGCGCGCGCUGCACGGCCAACUCCGUGCCGCGCACCCCGGGGGACGCCGCGCGGGAGGACGGCGACCGGAUCAGGGUCUGCAACUACUGCUUCAAGCGCUGGCGGGAGGAGCAGACGCCGGCGGCGCGGAGGGACGCGUCGCAGCCGUCGAGCCCGGUGCUGAGCCCGACGCCGUCCGCCGCCAGCGUCGGGAGCGACAAGUCGUGCUCCACCGGGCGUGGCAGCGCCGUGACCAACGGGCAGAUGUCUUCCUACGCGAAUCUAAGCUGCACUGACUUUGGGUCCCUGCCGGUGGACGGCGAGGGCCGCAAGCCUGAUGAUGCUUCUCUGGAGAAGCAGCGUGCUGUGAUGGAGCCGGCUGGGAGCAUGGACCAUGUGGACAAUCCUCCCGAUCCAUUCAACUUUUGCUUGAAUAGGAGUGAUGAUGAAGAUGAUGACUACAGAAUUUUUCGCUCAGAUUCUGAAGUACACCACCUAGAAAACUCUGAAGAAUACUAUGGUCCUAUGUGUUUUGAUGAUCAUCAAGCUCUCUGUGGUGAUGCUGCUAAAGAAUCUGCAUCCCCAAGGAAAGAUACAUUCACCUUAGUUACUUCUGCUGGAAUUGAUAAGAUGGGAGAUCAUAUCAUCGAUACUAGUGAGGAGUGCAAUACUCGAUCUUCUUCCCUGUACGGCAUGGAAAUAUUAGAAAAUGAACUUGUAGAUUUUGAAAACAACACCUCACUUUGGCGACCUCCUGAAGCCGAGGAUGAAGAGGAUGACCAUGAUGGUGAUCCAUGUGAUGAUCAUGAAGGGGAGGAUGCCACAGGAGAAUGGGGGUAUCUGCGCUCAAACAGCUUUGGCACUGGACAUUGUAGGAGUAGAGAUAAAUCUGCCAAGGAACACAAGAAAGCCAUGAAAGAUAUUGUUGAUGGGCACUUUCGGUCAUUGGUUGCUCAACUUCUUCAGGCUGAGAAUGUGCCAUUGGCUGAUAAAACUGGGAAAGAGAGUUGGCUAGAUAUAGUUACUUCUUUAUCUUGGGAAGCCGCAUCUCUUCUUAGACCAGAUACCAGCAAAGAAGGACGAAUGGAUCCUGGUGGUUAUGUAAAGGUGAAAUGCUUGGCUUGUUGCCGUCCAAGUGACAGCUUGGUUGUAAGAGGGGUUGUUUGUAAGAAGAAUGUCGCUCAUCGGCGUAUGUCAGCAAAGAAGGAAAAGCCACGAAUCAUAAUUCUUGGUGGUGCACUUGAAUAUCAGCGUGUAUCGAAUUUGCUUUCAAGUUUUGAUACUUUACUGCAGCAGGAAACAGAUUAUCUGAAAAUGGCAGUUGCAAAGAUCAAAGCACACCAACCAAGUGUUGUAUUGGUGGAAAAAUCGGUUUCUCGUCAUGCUCAGGAUUUGUUUUUGGAGAAAAAUAUUUCCCUUGUUCUGAAUAUCAAAAGACCACUUCUGGAAAGGAUAUCCCGCUGCACUGGUGCUCAUAUAGUUCCAUCAAUUGAUUAUUUGUCAUCCGAAAAGCUGGGUAAGUGUGACUUAUUCCAUGUGGAGAAGUAUAUCGAGGAGCACGGGACAGCUGGAGAAGGUGGAAAGAAAAUGCUGAAGACCCUUAUGUUCUUUGAAGGCUGCCCAAAGCCAUUGGGUUUUACAAUCUUGCUAAAAGGAGCUAAUGGUGAUGAACUGAAAAAGGUGAAGCAUGUUGUGCAAUAUGGAGUCUUCGCAGCAUAUCACUUGGCUCUUGAAACAUCUUUUCUUGUGGAUGAAGGUGCAACCCUUCCAGAACUCCCUCUUAGGUCACCAAUUAUUGUUGCUUUGCCAGAUAAACCAUCUAGUGCUGAUAGAUCCAUUUCGACAAUACCUAUUUUACAAAUGUCCACUGAUUCAUCACCCAACAGUGACCUGCAAGCAACUGACAUGCUAAAGGAUAAUUUUAAAUUUAAUGAUUUUAGAAUGGUUGACCAAACGGCAGCAGCAUGCUUCCCCGAUAAGAAAAGCUGCGAAACAUUGGAAGUUGAGUCAACCCAAACGUCACCCGUUCAAAUCAAUGACCAAAAUGGAAACAUAAGCUGUUUGCUGGGUAUGGACCCUCGAUCAUAUAUUGAUCCCUUGGUUCAGCAGUCGAGAAUUUCAUUAUGUCAUUGUCCUGCUUGUACUAGAAAUAUUGGCAGCGAAGUGAAGUUUGAAGAACUCCAGCCCGAAACAAGUAGACAUGCGCUGGCUAAUGGCUUCAGUUUAUUGCCUGCUCAUUCUGGAAAUUCGGUGUCUGCUGAAUGUGAUCUUUCAUCUGCCCAUAAUCCUGAGAAUGGUAUGAAUAUAGCAGCUAGGCCAUCUGCUCCUCUCAACUUAGAAAUUUCUUAUGAUAAUGGCAGUUCAAAGAAUGGUUCGAUUAUAAAAAAGGAUGAAAUUCCGGCAUCUCCAGCUGACAACCAGAGUAUAUUAGUUUCUAUGUCCUCUCGUUGUGUUUGGAAAGAAGCUAUCUGUGAGCGGCCACAUCUUCUUCGCAUAAAAUAUUAUGGCAACUUCGACAAACCUUUAGGCAGGUUUCUGCGUGAGCAGCUAUUUGAUCAGAACAAUCGUUGCCCCUCUUGUGAACUGGCACCGGAGGCCCAUGUUUAUUGCUAUGUUCACCCUCAGGGCAGCUUAACAAUAUCAGUGCGGAAACUUAUAGUGAAGUUAUCUGGUGAACAUGAUGGUAAAAUCUGGAUGUGGCAUAGAUGCUUACGCUGUCCACGUGAUGAUGGGCUUCCUCCAGCAACUAAAAGAAUAGUGAUGUCUGAUGCUGCCUGGGGCUUAUCUCUUGGUAAAUUUUUGGAACUAAGUUUUUCAAAUCAUGCAGCAGCUAGUAGGGUAGCAAGCUGUGGUCAUUCUCUCCACAGGGACUGCCUUCGCUUUUAUGGCUUCGGCGAAAUGGUUGCCUGCUUCCGGUAUGCAUCAAUCAAGGUUCACUCGGUCUAUUUGCCACCAUCAAAGCUUGAUUUCACUUCCCAGCAUCAGGAAUGGGUAGAGCUAGAGGCAAAUGAGGUGGUUGAUUCAGCUGAACUCCUGUUCACUGAAGUGCUGAAUGCUCUCCACCAAAUUUCAGAGAAAAGGCCAAUUACAGGCUCUUUUGAUGGCAAUGUAAAGAUCCUUGAGUUAAGAAGAAACAUAGUGGAGCUGGAAGAUAUCCUGCAAGUAGAGAAGGCUGAUUUCACGGAAUCACUAAAGAAUCUACUGAAAAAGGAAAUCAGAAAGGGGCAGUUAUUCAUUGAUAUUCUUGAGGUUAACAAACUAAGGAGACAGCUACUGUUUCUGUGUUACUUGUGGGAUCAAAGGUUAAGUUUCAUAGCAACCUCAGGUGGCAAAUACUGCGAUGCUCUAGGAGGGUUACGAGUUGGAAAUAAGAUUUCUGAAUUCAAUGAUAGAUCAGUCGAUACCAAUACAAAUACAAAGUUGGAGAAGAACUCAAUGGGCACUGCAGUUGUUUCAAAUGCUGAAGAUGGAUCCUUGGGACAGAGCCCGCUUCAUGCUGGUGAUGGGGGGCUUAACCAGCAUGAUCAAUCUUAUGAAACUAGCUUCAAAAACAUUGAAGAGUUGAAUGGUACUGAAAAUACAAUAGCUAAAAUCAGUCAUUCAAACAGUGCAAGUGUCAAAGAUCAUUUAGAUAAGCAAGAAUCUAACAUCAGUGUCCGUAGAGUUUCUUCUGAGGGUCAGUUUCGAGUAACGACCGAUAUUUCAGACACAUUGGAUGCAAAAUGGAGAGGUGAGGAUGGACUUGCUCCUGAUGCAAGCUUGGUGAAGCCUUUAGCUCAGCUAGAAGGUACAGCUGCCGAUGUGAAAAAACAAGCUAAAGCAAUACCAUACCAUACUUCUGCUUUAUCUGUCAGGUCUGGGGAUACAGUAGAAGACUUGCUAAGCUGUCUUAAAAUGCCAUACAUGACAUUUUAUAAUUCCCUGAACACAAAUUAUGGCACAGCACCAACAUUUGGGACCUUGGCCGACUACAAUCCUGUAUACAUUUCAUUGUUUCGCGAGCUAUCGCAGCAAGGUGGAGCAAGACUUUUUCUGCCAACUGGAGUUAAUGAUGUUGUUAUCCCGGUAUUCGAUGAUGAACCGACUAGUAUUAUUUCGUAUGCACUUGUUUCACAUAUGUAUCACUUUCAAAUGUCAGUUGAGAGCAGCAAAAACAAAGACAGUGCAGAUUCUUCAUUUCCGUUGCCUGUAUACGAUUCAGGAAAUUUUAAUCCGUUUCACUUAUUUGAGGAUUUUGGAUCCUCUGACGAUUUCACUUCAUCAGUAUCUUCCAGUAGAGGAUCCUUUGCUCCUGAUGUUGUGCACUCCAGAGUUUCUUUUGAAGAUGGUGGGCCACUUGGGAAAGUUAAAUACACUGUGACAAGCUAUUACGCAAAAAGCUUUGAAGCGCUCAGAAGGUCUUGUUGUCCAUCAGAGCUUGAUUUUAUAAGAUCUAUCAGUCGAUGCAAGAAAUGGGGAGCACAAGGUGGCAAAAGCAAUGUGUUCUUUGCGAAAUCUCUGGAUGAUAGAUUCAUAAUAAAGCAGGUCACAAAAACAGAGCUUGAAUCAUUCCUUCAGUUUGGUUCAGAUUAUUUUAAAUAUUUGUCUGAGUCCAUAAGCACUGGAAGCCCUACAUCCCUUGCAAAGAUUCUGGGUAUCUACCAGGUUACAAUUAAGCAUCUGAAAGGUGGCAAAGAAUCAAAAAUGGAUUUGCUUGUGAUGGAAAAUCUUUUAUUUGGACGGAAUAUUACGAGGCUUUAUGAUCUCAAGGGAUCUUCAAGAUCUAGGUAUAAUGCAGAUUCCAGCAACAAUAAGGUCCUUCUUGAUCAGAACUUAAUUGAGGCAAUGCCAACAUCACCAAUUUUUGUUGGGAACAAGGCGAAGCGGCUUCUGGAAAGAGCUGUUUGGAAUGAUACUUCUUUUCUAGCAGGAAUUGAUGUGAUGGACUAUUCCUUACUUGUGGGUGUUGAUGAGGAGAAACAUGAACUAGUCCUGGGAAUAAUAGAUUUUAUGAGACAGUAUACAUGGGACAAGCACCUUGAGACAUGGGUGAAAUCUUCUGGCAUUCUUGGUGGGCCAAAGAAUGCCGCUCCAACGGUAGUCUCGCCAAUGCAGUACAAGAAGCGGUUCAGGAAAGCCAUGUCUGCUUACUUCAUUGUGAUUCCCGAGCAAUGGAUGCCUACGAUAAUCAACCUGGACCAAUCAUCGUCAAAUAUUUGUGAGGAUGAUUCUCAAAAUGCUUCACAAGAGUGAUAUGGUGUGUUUUGCGAGUUAGUGACGGACGGAGGGUGCCGGAUUUGGUCCCAAUCCAAUAAUGAGAAAUACUGACCUGGUCAAUUUAGCUACUCAGGUGGCAAUGAAAUGGUCAUCAGGUUGGACCGUGUAUUCUCCUGUGCUCAUUUGCACAGAUCCGGUUGCACUCAAGAAUCAUGACAUGUGUAUAUUCUUGCAACUGUAAUUAUGAUUAGUUUUUCUCUCUCUUUUGUCUAUAUAGUUCAUAUGUCGGGUUCAAGUGUCAUCUUGCCACUUGUAGGUAGUUUUCAUUUUAGCAAGAUGUAUAAGAGAACAGAAAUAUUCUCUGGAAGUGGUCGUUGUAUGCCCAUGUUAAUUUUAGAGGGCUAUUGCCGUCUGUAGUUCAACAAAAUAAAAGUUGAGUUCGUGCCCAAA